UUUUGUUGGUCGUUGGGAGAUUGUGUGCAAUUACGUGAUGGAGCACUCCAACUCUUCUAGGAAUGCAUACAAAGCAAUGUAAAGGUACAUUUUCAGACAACUUUGAGUGUUAUUGGAGUAAGAGUUCGUCUCAAAUUUAUUUUCCAUCCCUGUAAACGUAGUCUUAUAUGAAAUUGAUUAUAAUUGCUGAGUUCAUUUCAGAACCACUCUUUAAGCAGCUUACCGGAAUCUUACCGAGUGGAUUCGACUCUUUUAACUGUUGCCUACUCCAAAAACAGAUCUUCUUUACUUUUAUCCAUUUAAUCGCUACUGUAUUGCAAUACUACUGCCAAUCGUCAAACCCACCUCAUCAUCACUUCGCCAAUUCACUCCACUUCCGAAAACCAUCAUGCUGUAUCACAAUCGUACCAGAAUCCACCGAAAAGCGUGCGGAAGCGUACUCUCUCGAAGGCAUUAAAAUGCGUAACACGUCUGUUAGGCGGGCCAAUAAAACUGGACACAAGCAUAAAACAGUGCCCAUGAAACGUCACCUCGCACUGUGUGUUGCGGCUACGUAGAAGAUAACGAUGUUCCGGCUGGUUUUGGGGCAUCUUAAUUUAAGAACUCCGCCACGAAGGAAAGGGCGUGCUGCUUUGUACGCCCAGACUCACACACCGAUUAAGGUUGGGAGAUGUUAAUUUUUAAUGAAUCACGUGAGAUGAAAGUCUAACGUUCGAUUUACGACGCAGCCAUGCCAUGAUACGGUACGCUCACUGUUUGUGAGAGUGUAGAUAAGACUAUAUUCCGCCUCGAGGCGUUGGAAGGAACGGUCAGCGUUUAUUUUGGGCAAUGUUUGGACCCAUUCUUGGAACCUUGGUUGGUGAGUAUUUGAAGCAUGAAGCGAGUACAAAGCAGUAACAUGCGUAUGUUUUCUAUUGGAUUGUUGAAAAUUCUUGUCAAAAGGCUGUUUUCCCCUUAGAGUUUUACGAUGCAACAAGCAAUAAAUUCCAAUUCUAGAAAUAUGUCAAAUUAUUUAACAGAAAUGAUAACGCGCCAUUUGAGAGCAAACGACGCUCUGUUUUCCUCAUAUUGCGCUAUUUUUGUCUAGUUGGCUAUGAAAUUAAUGAAAAUGACCGCAGGACUCAAGAUCUAUUAAGGAGAACAGGUCGAUGCAAAGCCCGUUG